GGUUUGUAUCCACGGUAACGUGAGCUCUAAAUCAAUGUAGUUUGUCAAACGUAAAGUGAAGUUUCCCUACGUUUUAACAUUGUGAACAUUUAUUGUGAGCUCUGUUGCAGUUCUAACUACUAUGAAGAUGCAGACAGUCUUGUGAGUCUCAAGAUCCCCUACUGGCCAAUCAUACUUGAUCAUGGGCGGAUACUAGACAGAGAAGACACCUUAAGGCUCCAGAGAGACUACAGCGACUCAACUAGAGACUACAGAGAGAGACUCAACCAGAAACAGCAGUAACCAGACAGGAUCAACCGGGGAGAAACACAUUUCCAGAGACUAGAUACAAAACAGGAUCCAGAGAGACCAGACAGAGAACAAAGAGAGAGAGAGAGCUGAGUUAUGGAGACACAUCACUGUGAUACAUGUGGGAAGAGCCUUUCCUCAUCCAGUAGCCUCAAGAAGCACAUGAGAAUCCACACUGGAAAGAAGCCCUACAGCUGUGACCUCUGUGGUAAAACCUUUAGCAGUGAUAGCAGUUUGACAGUUCACAGCAGAAUCCACAGUGGAGAGAAGCCCUACAGCUGUGACCUCUGUGGUAAAACCUUUAGCCAGAAUUACAAUUUUAGAAGGCACCUCAGGAUCCACACUGGAGAGAAGCCCUACAGCUGUGACCUCUGUGGUAAAACCUUUAGUCAGGCUGACCAUUUCAGAGUUCAUAGCAUGAUCCACACUGGAGAGAAGCCCUACAGCUGUGACAUCUGUGGUACAACCUUUAGCCAGGCUGGCGAUUUCAGAAUUCAUAGCAGGAUCCACACUGGAGAGAAGCCCUUCAGCUGUGACCUCUGUGGUAAAACCUUUAGCAGAGCCAACCAUUUCACUGUUCACCGCAGAAUACACACUGGAGAGAAGCCCUACAGCUGUGACCUCUGUGGUAAAACCUUUAGCCAGGCUGGCCAUUUCAGAGCUCAUAGCAGGAUCCACACUGGAGAGAAGCCCUACAGCUGUGACCUCUGUGGUAAAACCUUUCGCAGAGUUAACCAUUUAACAGUUCACCGCAGAAUCCACACUGGAGAGAAGCCCUACAGCUGUGACCUCUGUGGUAAAACCUUUAGAGGUGAAAGCAGUUUUACAGCUCACCGCAGAAUCCACACUGGAGAGAAGCCCUACAGCUGUGACCUCUGUGGUAAAACCUUUAGCCAGGCUGGCGAUUUCAGAGUUCAUAGCAGGAUCCACACUGGAGAGAAGCCCUUCAGCUGUGACCUCUGUGGUAAAACCUUUCGCAGAGCUAACCAUUACACAGUUCACCGCAGAAUCCACACUGGAGAGAAGCCCUACAGCUGUGACCUCUGUGGUAAAACCUUUAGCCAGGCUGGCCAUUUCAGAGUUCAUAGCAGGAUCCACAUUGGAGAGAAGUCCUACAGCUGUGACCUCUGUGGUAAAACCUUUAGUAGUGAAAGCAGUUUGACAGUUCACAGCAGAAUCCACACUGGAGAGAAGCCCUACAGCUGUGACCUCUGUGGUAAAACCUUUAGCCAGAAUUACAAUUUUAGAAGGCACCUCAGGAUCCACACUGGAGAGAAGCCCUACAGCUGUGACCUCUGUGGUAAAACCUUUAGCAAUGAUAGCAGUUUGACAGUUCACAGCAGAAUCCACACUGGAGAGAAGCCCUACAGCUGUGACCUCUGUGGUAAAACCUUUAGCCAGAAUUACAAUUUUAGAAGGCACCUCAGGAUCCACACUGGAGAAAAGGCCUACAGCGGUGACCUCUGUGACUAUUCAGGUAAAACAAAUGACCAUCUGAAGAGUCGCCUGCGUGUCCACAAUAGAAAAAACCCAAAGCAGUGAUGUCUGGGGCCAAGCUGUCCCAGCAGUCACCACCUAAAAGAACUUCUGUAUGACCCAAGUUUUCAUGUCAUGUUUGGUAUUAAUUUCGUAUUUUAUGCAUCACGUUUGAAGGAUUCUUAAUCUUUAGUGUCUAGUAAUGUUUUCAGUGUUGUAAAAUGUAUAUUUGCUGGUUUGAUAGCCUAGAGUUUUGUCGUGCAGAGGCCCAAAAUGUGUUUACAUAUUCUCUUGUCUUGCAAAGGAAUAUUUGGCUUACUGCAGCCAAGUACCGGUGAUGGUCCAUUUGAAUUUGUAUGUGUCAGGCAAUUGUUUCUUCAUAUAGCCGGCAUCGCUACUUUAGUAUGCAGGAUGGGUUUACAAAAGGAGAAGCUAAACCAAUCACUGAGUUUGAUUAGCCUCCUAUACUUGCUCAGGUUAGGUGCGCUAUGUUUAUUUGCAUUUAAAAUACCUUUGUUAUUGUUUGCUCUGAAGGUAGCGUUUGUUUCUGUAUUGAUUUUGUUACAUUGUCAUAAUGUAUUGAUUAUCUUACUAUUUUGAUAAUAAACUAUGUUUUUGCAUUUAAAGUUACUUGUCCUUGUGCCUGCUUUCAAUGUUUGGACAAUAUUAUUUGCUGGAGUCCUAAGUCACUAUCAAGAGAGAGCCUUUUUAUGUGUCCCUGACAAAGAAGAGGUGAAUAUGAGUUGUAUGUGCUGGUUUUAAAAUGUAAUACCAUUUCAUGUAUUUUAAGUUGUUAUGUGUCCACAGGAGGAUUGGUUUUCACCACUGUUCUACCCUUUAGUCUGAUAGCUGAGUUCCAGUUCAAGUCUUUUAUUGUCAGAUGCACAGAACAACACAAGGUCAGACUGGGCACUGAAAUUCUUAGGACACGACAACGCAAAGCAACCUGGCAUAACAUAUAAGUACCCUGAACAUAGAUUACAUCUAUGAUAAGAAAAUAACAACUCCUAAAUAUACAAAAUAAUAUACAAUACAGUAUACUUAACCUGUAAUAAUACACAUAUUAACCUACACUAACCGUAUAAACCUAUACUAACCUAAAGACAAGUGGGGUAACAAUUAGUGCAAUAUUGCUGAUAGUACAACCAGUAGCUGAAAGUGACAGUGUGUAAAGUGGUUAGUGAGAAAGUGGUGAGAAUGUGUCCAUUCAGAAGCCUGAUGGCCCUUGGAAAAUAAACUAUUCUCCAGUCUACGUGUGCGAGACCGAAUGCUUCAGUAUUGCCCGCCUGAAGGCAACGGGGUAAAAAGACUGAAGGAUGGGUGGUAACAGUCUCUUUGAAUCCUGCCAGCUUUCCUGAAGCAUCGUGUGGUAGGUGUCCUGU